AUGAUCCCGCCAGCCUCAAACUCGUCAAGUCUUCUACUGAACGUGACCGGUGCUCUUCCUCGUGCGCCAUUUCAGCGCACGAACUCGGACAGCUCACCUCACCCGAUGUCGGCAAACGGAGCAAUCGUGACUCGCGCGGCUGCCGCGUGGCUGACCUUACCAUUACCACCACUCAACACAAUCGUUACGGGCCUUCAAAAAAGGCGGCAACUGGGAACGACAAACCGAUGGGAUGGGGUAGCGGACGGAUAUGGGUAUGAUGGGGUGGAGGUGGGAGGUGGUUACAAGGAGAGGUUGGAGCGGGAGAGGUGGACACGAGAGGUGAAUACCAGACGCGGCACACUAUCGCUGCCACUCCACUCUCAACGACCCAAGCCACUACAUUGGACGCACGGCUCAACUCCCACAGCCCCAUCCACAUACUUGAUGCACUCGUCUUUGGUUGGUCAUCGACCUACUAUUCCUGUCCGCACCACACUUGCAGAUUUGCAAGUGUGGUGA